GAAACAGUGGCGCACUGUCUGCCCCGUAUUACAAAAAUGUGGUACUGCUCGGCAGAAAUUAUAGAAAAUAUCAAAUGAGUUUUUAAAGUAUAUGUUGCAAAACAGUUGUUUCACUUCCUUACUCUGUAUUUUGUAUUUUAUCAUUUAACGUUUCCAUUCGUUUCGUUUUUUCACAAUACCGAACGAAGACUCCUUGGAUAUAUUUUCGGUCAGCUACAGUGGCUAGCUAUAUUCUAUUUGUACAUUAAUUACUGCUGUCUUGAAGUUCAUUACAUCUUUCGAAUAGUUUUGCCUUCGUGGCGAUGGAUGAAAAUAAUUGUCUUUCACCGAGGAAUGUCUUGUGUUUAUUUGAUGUGGACGGCACCCUGACACCUGCUAGAGAAAAGAUCGACCCCCAGCUGGACGAGUUCUUUCAGUCUCUGCGGAGAAAGGUGAAGAUUGGAGUGGUGGGGGGGUCAGACUACUCCAAGAUCGCGGAGCAGCUGGGGAACGGGGAAGAAGUGAUGCACAAGUUUGACUACGUGUUUGCAGAAAACGGCACAGUGCAGUACAAGGAUGGAAAGCUCAUCUCCAAACAGGCCAUUCAGAACCAGCUGGGGGAGGAGCUGCUGCAGGAUCUCAUUAACUUCUGCCUCAGGUACAUGGGGCUCAUCAAACUGCCCAAGAAGAGGGGCACUUUUAUCGAGUUCCGGAGCGGAAUGCUCAACAUCUCCCCCAUUGGCCGGAGCUGCACGCUGGAGGAGCGAAUCGAGUUCUCUGAAAUCGACAAGAGAGAGAAGAUCCGGGAGAAGUUCGUUGCCGCCCUGCAGGAGGAGUUUGCUGGGAAGGGGCUUCGGUUCACCAAGGGGGGCCUGAUUAGUUUUGACGUGUUCCCGGAGGGGUGGGACAAGACGCUCUGCCUGGACAUCCUGGAGGGGGAGGGGCUGGAGGCCAUCUACUUUUUCGGCAACGAGACCACACCUGGGGGUAAUGAUUAUGAAAUAUUCAAUGACCCACGGACCAGAGGCUUCACAGUGCAGUCCCCCGAAGACACAGCCAGGCUCUGCAGGGAACUCUUCUUCAGUGGCCACCACAGUGAACCUUGACCACAGUGGCCUCACAGAUGGUUGUCUGUGAAACAGCUCCCCCUGCUGAUUAAAACUGGUGCUUCACAAAAAGAAAAGAGGUUAUUUGCCAUCCCUCUUGAGAGUGGCAGCGAUUCUCUCCUUUUUCUUUUGACUGUUGUGAUUGUAACAUGUGCUGUUGCUGCUAGUGACUGAUUUCACAUCAUUCGUAUGUAUAAAAUGUACAUUGAAGAAAAAUUAACAAAAAACAAGAAGGACCCAUGAAAUAUGGAUGUAUUAACUGACCCAAAAACCAGGAAGUGUUGUUGCGCCGAACACACUGAACUGAGUUGUACUGCAUGUGUGUAGAGCUGACAGUGUAGAUAUAAGAGAAUGCUAACCACACACUGCAAAAAUCAUGCCUGUAUAAUGACUUGCACAGGCUCUGAUUUAUUCCAGCUUCUUAACUGAUCCACACACAUCAAACUGACAGAUGUGAAGGGAACAUAAAUCCAUAUUUCUGUGUGUUUACCUUAUUUCAGUAUUUCAACUAAGACUUUUAAUACUAUAUUCCAUUCCCAUAUGUGGGAGAAGUGAUUCUGUUUUAAAAAUAUCCCUCUUUUGCACUUGGAGAAUGCAGCCAAAAGAUCUAGUGGGUCUCCUGUUGAAAAUUACUGCUUAAACCAUCUUAAUCUGGUCCAGCUGGUUUAGGCUGCAUUUUCCACACUUUUAGCUGGUUAGAGCUGGUCGACCAACUGUUCACUAGCUGACCAGCCUGCAGUCAGCUUGUCCACAAGGUUAGCCACCAGCAUACUCUACUAGCUUAAUCGUCUUUAGCCAGCUUUGACCAGCCACAGAUCAGCUUAGUCCAUCAACAGGCCAGUUUUGACCAGCCACAGAUCAGCAAUGACCAGCCACAGGCCAGCUUUGACCAGCCACAGGCCAGGAAUGACCAGCCACCGAUCAGCUUUCACCAGUCACAGAUCAGCUACGAGCAGCUGAGACCAGCAGGUCUUAGCUGAAGUUUUCAGCUGAGUACUUGAUUUUUUUCCCCAGGCAGUUGUCACGUGCAGCUCUGAAACGUGUUUGUUUUUUUAUAUCGGUUUACAUUGUCGCUGUGAGCGAGCAUGUGAUGUGCCAUACUGUAACCCAGCUGAGCUCAUGUGGUUUUUGAGGGAAGGGGAAAGCAGUCUGGUGGGCCGGCUAGCAGUGCUUGUUUACCAAGGAGCCCCAGCUCUGCGGCUACACGGCCCUGAGGCUGUUUUUAUGAUCGUUUUUUUAUGAUGUUUUAUGAUUGUUUGAAACCCGCCCAACCCCUCAGCCUUGUGGACAGUCAGAGAGCCCCAGCCUGCAGGCAGAGGGGUUCAGAGGCAGGCUUUUCCUAAGGUGGAGGUACCACACAUUCUGUAGCCUGAAGGUCAAAGGUCGCAGCUCUGCAGUCUUAACAUUGAAACUUCUGUCUGCCAGUUGAAAUGGAAAAAUCCUUGUUUAAUGCAUGUCAUGAAUAUUCAUGUUCUUAAACUGGGAAUGUCCAUUGGGAACCCCUGUUACUGGGACCCCCCCCCCCCCCCCCCCAGACAGAGAGUAAGGAUUUUUGUGAGGAUGGAAGGAACUCAGGAGCUGAAUGUCUGGUUACUGUAGAGAAUGCGGGGGGACUGGUGGCACACGAUUAGCUGCUCAUUGGUUUCACAUGAUGUCACUUGCAGUAUGUUGUAAUCAUGUCAGUGAAGGGUUGUUAAAUGCAGUCUAGCAUUUCGGUGUGCACUUCGGUCGGAGUUCUUCUCGAUGGGUGGUGUUAGGAUGCUGCAACCUAACCGUCACCCUGAAGCCUGUUCUUGAUUGGCAGGUAUUCUGCAAGUUUGUCCAAAUCCCAAUUGGGAUUUUUAUUGAUUACUGAAGUAUGGAAACGGUAUAAGGAAAUUAAUGUAUUUUAAAUAAAACAUAUUGUGAAAGAC